GUUUAUUUUUUUAAUUUUUAACUAUUACAACUCGAAAAAUGUUUAAACAAAAUCAUCAGUCUAGUUCAAUUGAACUAAGACAGGAACUAUUAGCUGAAAUUGAAUGUAUUUAUCCAAAUAUUGCCAAAUCAUUGCAUUUAAAUCUAGAUGAAACUUUAAAACAACUGAAUGGCAAUUGUAUAAGUAAUAUAAUUAAUAAAGAAAAAUUUUAUAUUAUUAAACAUCAAAAUAAUAAUGAUACAAAUAAAUACUAUGAUGAAUUUCGUCAAAACUUUUACGAUUACGUUAAAGAAAAUUUAAAUAAUAUUAACAUCGAAAAUAAAUCAUAUUUAGUUGAUAUUUGUUCACUACUUGCCGAUCAAAUUCAUAUUGCAUAUUUUAAGAUAACGUCAAAAUGGCCGCAGCAAGGACAAAACUGUUUUACGCGUCUAGAAUUAAAUUUCUCACAUGGUCGUAAAUAUCAUGGUAAUGAUAUUUUUAUAACAUGUUUCGGAAUAAUCAACAUUAACGAUAUAAAUACUGCUAAAGAAACUUUUGAAUCGUGUUUAACUGGAAAACCUGAAAUUAAAAUUUUAGUUUUAGACACUAUUUUAUGUGAAAAGAUGGAAAACGAUUUAAAAAUGCAAACUUAUUAUGGCCAUGCCAUGCAAAAUAAUAUGGAACAUCAAUCAUUUGAACAGCCAUCAUCAUUUGAAUCACAAUCAUUUAAACAUGACUCAAUAGUUUCAGAGACAAAAGCUUUUCAAAAUCAGUCGCAACACAAACCAUUUAAAUUUAUUUCAAAUUCCAAUGAUACAUAUUUAGUGGCCCAAAAUAAACUGAUUAUAAUGGUUUUGAAAACGAAUUAUCCUAAUAUUGUUAAAGCAUUGGAUGAUAAUCGUAAUGAAACACUAUCGGCAUUAAAUGGCGUUGGCUCUAUCAAUAUGAUUGAAAUAGAAAAAUCAUUUAGUCAUAGACCAAUGUAUAAUAAAGAUGUAUCGAAAGAAUUUGAUAAUUUUACAAAUUUUUUCAAACAAUUUGUCUACGAAAUUAUGGAAAAUGUUAAUAUAGAACAUAGAACAUAUUUAAAUGAUGCUUGCUUAGUACUUGCUAGCUAUAUUCAGAAGGAAUAUUUUAAAAAAGCACCAAACUGGCCCGUUAACAGUAGAGAAAACAACGAAUAUAUUGAGUUAAUGUUCAGACAUGGCUUUCAAAGUAGAGCGUUCAGCAUAUUCUGGACUUGCGAAGGACUGUUCAAAAUUCAGGACAAAAAGAAAACUGUAUUCGAAUCGUGUUUGUCCGGUACGGCUGAUAUCAAGAUACUAAUUAUGGACGACGAACGAUGUCAACGAAUGGAAUACAGUUUACAGAAUCGUCGAUCGUUUUCGCCGCCGCAAAGUAAAAGAAAAUUUGUAUAA